ACAUAAAGGAGCACGAGUUGGGCAAAUCUCGACAAAGUCAGGCCGUGUGGAUCAUGCGAUGUAGCUGGAAGCGGGCGCUGUCCCUUUAAGAGCUCCUGUUACACUGUUAAAAGCGUGGAAGGUGCCGCUGCUCUGGGGAGAGGCGCUCUGAUUUUUGCGCCUACUCGGGUGAGACGAGGGCAGAUCAGAGUUGUUACUGGGAGAUCGGGGGUGGUGGAAGAAGCGUCCCCCCCUCCUUUGUGGCUCCGGACGGCAACAUGGCGCUCCCACAGGGCACCCGGGCUCCUCAGGCCACAGCAGGAGACCUGUCUCAACCCAGCGGAGCGGCGCCCUAAACAGAAGCGAAGCAAAGGAACGACGCGUCGGGGCUGUUUAGCGCCGCCGUUCUAGCGAUGUGAGUGCGAAGUCUCGAGCGCGAGGCGAGGAAGCGGGAUCUGAGAGCAGCGGAGCCGAGCGCCUUUGCUGCGGGCGUCUCCGAUCGCCCCGGGAUCAGGGCCGCCACCUGUUACUCCGAGAGCAGAUCGAGCCUCGGCGGGCGGGCGGGAGACAGCGACGGCUUCUCGCCACGCAGCGGCGCGGCUCCUCCAGUUGCGCCUCUCCGGGAAAAUGGAGAGCGGCGGACUUUCGAGCGCGGACCAGAAGCUGAUCCGUGAGAGCUGGCAGAAAGUGAGCGCCAACCCCCUCGAGCACGGCAGCGUCCUGUUUACCAGGCUUUUUGAUUUGGACCCUGAUUUGUUGCCCCUUUUCCAGUACAACUGCAGGAAGUUUUCUACUCCUCAGGAGUGCCUCUCAUCACCCGAGUUCCUGGAACACAUUAAGAAGGUAAUGCUGGUAAUAGAUGCAGCCGUGACCCAUUUGGAGAAUUUGCACUGUCUGGAAGAAUACCUUGCCAGCCUGGGUAAGAAACACCAGGCAGUUGGAGUGAAGGUGGAGUCUUUUUCGACUGUGGGAGAAUCCUUGCUGUAUAUGCUGGAAAAAUGCCAUGGUCCUGCCUUCAAUGUGAAUGUGCGUGAGGCCUGGACCCGGCUGUAUAGCGCUGUGGUAAAAGCCAUGAGCCACGGCUGGGAUGUUCCCAGGAAGGUGGAAUAAACCUGGACCAGGUUGUUUGAGUCCCAGCUGCUCUUGAUCAGGAAUAGCUCUGAGAAGCUAGCUUGCUUUUCCAGCUCUGUGCAUCUCAGAGUAAUCUCAGCAGCUCUCUCUCUCUCUCUCUCUCUCUCUCUUGUUUUAUUCUUGCAUUCCCCAUCUUUCUUGUGAUAACGUGAUGAUGCUCCUGUAUUUCAGUAUCGCAGUUCCACGUAUCUGUUUGCAGGGGGCAGAAGAGAGCCAGGCUGGAAUUUAUAGCAGAGGUGUCAAGUGCAGCCAGCAGUGUUACUUCCAAACGGCAUGUUCUAACUCUCUAUUCCUCAUCUUCUUUCAAAGAAUAAUUACAAAGAUCCCUUAGCACAGAAGGAUGAUUGUACCAACCUUUCCCUUGGGAUGUGAACCUGAGAUUGUUUCAGUGAAGUUAAUCAGGAAUGUGUGUUUCCUUGGAAUUAUCCAAGCAGUGUAGCUUUUAAAAACUUGGGUUAAUUCUACUGUAAGGCUCUUUUUAGUGUGCUUGAACUGCUAGAUGGCUGAUUUUGAAAUGCUUGGCUGCAAGUUAUAACUUGAAAGCCAGUGGAAACGCAGCAGCUGACAAUUCCUUGUGAGUGAAAAUAUAAUUUUGUGGUGAAAUUAGUGACAGAUGCAGCUUUUAUCCUGGGAAAAGCUUCCAAAAUUUGGCCUGGUUUCUGGCCAAAGGAGAGUCUGUAGCAUAAAAUCCAUUUCUAGGCAACUGCUUAAUGCCAGUUCUUCACUUCCUCCCCAGGCAUUUUUGCUACAGCCUUCCAGGUGCUUGACAAAAUUCUCUUACCUCUUUGUAUGAGCCUUUAACCUACUAGCUGUCGUUGUUUGUAGAGCACGUCUUGAAAAAUUAGAAACCGAGACAAGAAAUCAGGGAAACAGACUAGUUUGUGGAUGGCUCUACAGUAAUUAUUAAUAGAGUUACUACUAUUAGAUCCAGCAGUGACCAAUCCUUAUCAGGUCAUGUAGACAGGUAGGUGGAGCUGACCACCUGCUAAGCACCUUAAGUCAGAUCAUUGAAAGGUCAAGUUGGGGGUGCAAAGGAAGAUUUCUUUCACCAUGCAGAGUGACAGGGAAAAGGUGCCACAUUUUAAAGGCACCGUAUUUUGCCUGCAAAGGAAGAAUCUAUUCUUCAUUUGCAGCUGUGAUUUGAACUUUCUUGUGCCUGAUCUCAUAUAUGAGAUCAGACCCAGGAAAGGCAGCUGUGGUUCACCCAAACCACCUGGUGGGCCCAAACUCAAGGCUUGGCAGGCUUAAUUAAGCCCAUAGAUCAGAGGUACAUUUUCCCCACCCUCAGUAGAGCUAGUGACAAACUAUUUCCUGGGAAGCGAUCUUUCUGCCAGGGCUUUACACAUAGAGCAAAUGUAAGUCUCACAUGAUGGUAUCUUAUGCUUUAUAUGUGAUAUAUGUGAAACUAGAUAAUUUGGAGCAGUUUACUAUCGGUGAUCUUCCGUACAAAGUGCAAAGAAUUGCCCACUCAUGAUCAUGAAUUUUGUUCAUGUGCGAAGAGAACAUUUGUGUGUCAAAGCUUAAUUCAGAGAUGGUUCCAUAUUUGAGUUUAUUUAGUGUUGGAUUAAAAUGUCUCCGUAUGGAGGUGCAUGCCUUUUUGGUUUUGUAGGGUAAUUUUGUUUUUUGUUGCCGAGCUUUUGUUAUUUCAAUUAACUCCAAAACAGCCUAGGGACAGCUACUUGAAACAGUGUAAGGUAAGAAUCAUAUCCACCAGCACUGAGUUGGUGUCUACAUCUUAAAGCUGCAGCCUUCUACUGUGGGCUCUUUGCUGAUCUAGGCCCCUCUGCAGUUUUGCUUUUACUGAAGAACUUGGGAGUGCCUCUUGUUUGAUACAUUGUUUAGCUGGCUCUGGAAGAGUCCUUAUAGCAUGACAUCAGCCCAUCAUGGAAACGCAUGCACAGUAUGAUUCAUGUUCUUCCCUAGGUGUUGAGCAAGAGCUGAAUCGCUUCGUAGGACAUUGCAUGAGAGAGAUAUUAAAAAAGCAGCAAUCUAGUGGAAACAGACCUUCUCAAUAUUUUGGGGGCAUAUUGCAAGUGACAUAUUUGGCACAUCCACACCCCAAUUAGGUAGAAUACAGAGGCUUCACCUACUAGCUCCAACUGUUUAGCACACCUAGCUUUUCCCUUCUCCCUUUCCAACCUCCUCUCCCCCCACAAAUACCCUCCUAUUUAUUUUCAUGUCUCUCGCUCCCCCCCCUUUGCCCCAGAGCCCAAAGUUGUCUGAACAUGUCUUCUUGAGAUUGGGAUAAGAUUCCCCUCAACCUCAAGCUUGAUGCAGGUGAUGGUGGUGCGAGGAAUUCAAGUAGCAAGAUAAAACUGAAAAUUCCUAGAGGCCAGGUCUAGUUCAUGGGCAAACAGAAAGGUACACAGCAGUAGCCAAUCAGAAAACAAAUAUGAUGUGAAUUCUUCAAUGAUCAGUCGUCAUCACAUUCUUGGUCCAUCACCAGAAGCGCUUUUUCCUACACAAUGUAUCCACUGUGUUAAGUGCACUGAUUUAAUACUGUAUAGAAAAAAGAAUCAGAAUCCUCAUUAUAUAACUACAACUCAGUGGGUAUUGUGACUGAGGUCUAAUUCUCUGAAGAGGAGAUAAGCCUGUUUCUGGGUUGUACUGCUUCAGACUGCUGAUUGCCGGGGGGGGGGGAUCACAUAAUUGAAUUCUCCUCCAUACAAAAAUAGUUGCUGCACCUAGAAAAAGAAAUGUCAGGGAGAAGAGCUCUAUCCAGGCUUUCUCCCAACAUGUAAAGCAGGGCCCUUGUAAGCUUUUCAUACCUCUUUUCACAUUAUUUGUGUGCCAUAUUUUGUUGAGUUCUGAAACAAAUUAAAAAAACUGUUCUUGGUG